AAUCUAAUCUUCACACUGUGUCACGUCACUGAUUGUUGUGUAUUCUGCUUUGGAACUACUGUUUCAGAUGACUUUGGUUUUAAGCACAUACUCUGGGUCUAUAGUGGACGUAGAGGUGUUCAUUGUUGGGUGUGUGAUGGGAAGGCAAGAAGGUUGACUAACGAGCAAAGAGCUUCUAUUGCUGACUAUUUUCGUGUUUACAAGGGCAAUGAAAAAAGUCAUAACAAGGUUUCCUUGAUGGGUGCUGCGCUUCAUCCUUUCUUGGCGACUUCAUACACCAAUGUUCUCAAGGACUAUUUUGAGAAAAUAUUGCUUACUAAUCAAAACUUACUUGCUACUGAGGAGAGAUAUGAAAAGAUCCUAAGCAUGAUUCCUGAUGAAUCUAUUGCUUCUGAACUUAGGGGAAGAUGGCAAGAUAAUAUAUAAUAGGAGGUCCUCUAGUGCAAAAGAAGAUAUUAAUGUUGUGCGAUGGCAAGAAAAUAUUGCUUACUAAGCAACUGCUGCAAUCUGGAAAACAUAAGCUUCUCAUUAGAACACAUACUAGCAUUGUUCUAGUACUCAAGAAGAGUUGAAACACUUGAUUUGCUCAUUACUUGUUUGAUGGGAUGCUCUUUAGUUACCAAUUGAUUAUCACAAAAAUGUUAAACCGAAAGUGAUGUAAAAGAUACAUAAAUGAAUUAGAGCUUAUAAAGACACUUCACAGGGAUCAAUCUAGAGAUGACAUAGACUAUGUAAGUCAGGAGCUAGAAACUUUAUAUGUUGGAUUAAGCUUCUACUAGCUAGGUUCAAGGCCAAACAAAUUAUCCAAGUCCACACAUUGAUGAAGAUAGAAGAGAUGAAGACUAGAAGCUAAUUAUAUUCCGACGAAUUAGCUUUAGUUACUUUUCGUUAUGUAUUUUUGAUACUAUGUAGUGCCGCAGUAGUGCACUUGAUACUUUGUAAGAACGACAAAUUUUUAUGUUAAUGUUACAAAUUUUAU